AUGCGGGAAAAUGCCAUCGCCACGAAAGGCAAAGACAAGCUAAAGUUUGAUACAGCAAUUGUCAAAGCCUUGUUUAAAAGACCAAUCGAUCUGCUGAUGCGGCAUCUAAAGUCUCUUUUAGCUGAACCAAAGAUGCGAAGCGUGCACACCGUUAUUCUGGUGGGUGGAUUCGGCGAAAGCCCAUACGUUCAGAGGAGAAUCAAAAGUGAAAUAACCGGCGUGAGACUGAUCCUCCCAUCAGAAGCAGGCCUCGCCGUGUUGAAAGGCGCUGUUCGGUUUGGACUCAGUCCCGAUAUUGUCUCCUCUAGGAUUUUGAAGUACAUGUACGGGGUAUCUGGAUAUAGGGAUUUUGAUGAAAAGAAACAUCCAGAGGAGAAGAAGAAAUUGCUGAAUGGAGAGUGGUCGGUGCCUAAAUGUUUAAAUGUGUACAUUCGGGUGAUUGAUGAGGUGGAAGUGAAUCAACAGGUGAUCAUGAAAAGUAUUCCUACUUGUGAAAUUACUCUUACAUCCGUCUACAGGACGACACAGGAGAACCCCGAGUACACAACAGACCCCGGAUGUGAACUGCUAGGGACUAUAAGGCUUGAGUGUAGCAGUGCUAUCCCAUUACAGCAUCAGGUUCUAGAAACUACGUUUAUGUUCGGGGAUACAGAACUUCUUGUCAAAAAGAAGAACAUGAGCACUGGAAAAGUAGCCUAUAUGGACUUUGAGUGCUUCAAAUAA